UUUAGAGUAAAACAGCUCUACCUAGAUGAUGUAAUAAAUGCAGCCCAGGAUAAACUGGCUCUGUCCAGUCACUGUUGUUAGGAAAAAGACGAGCCUCACUUGAGUGAGACCGAACACCCCUUCGCUGCCUCUGAAUGUUGCGUGACCCCUCAUGGCUGGCUUCUCUUUUUAUCCAUGUGCAUUAUUAACCAGUUACAGUAAGUUGCAAAUCUAUUCGUCAUCAAAGAUCAUGUCCAUGUUAGUCCAACAGAGAAGGGAAACAGGCUCAGAUGCAUUUUGCCUUUACAGUUGUAUUUUGGAUGUAUUUCAAUAUGAAGGCAAUAGUAUCAGAAAGCCCUGUUCAACUUGGUAAAGUCAAAACAUUUUUGUGUUCUUUGUGCUUUGGUGGGGGUUGGAUCUUGUGAUGCCACCCUUAUCAGGGGACUGUUCUCUUUGCUUUGAUCCGUUUUUUUAUAUUGCUCCCCUAAAGGAGAAAUUAGACUUUUUAACAGACCCUACUAAGGUCAUAGCAUAUUUUCCAGGAGAAUUCCCCGAGAUGACGAGCAAUCAUCAGCGAGGCGCCCACGGCCGCGCCAUGAGCUCAGAAGAGAGGAGCUCUGUGAUGGUCAACAAGACCUCCACACCAGUGCACAAGAGCGCUUCAUCUUCAUCCUCGUCCCAGCGCGACAGCCGGCAGGAGACAGACAGCUGGGAAAUCAUCGAGGGGCUGAAAAUCGGUCAGAGCAACGUCCAGAGGCCAGAUAAACACGAAGGGUUUAUGCUGAAGAAGCGAAAAUGGCCUCUGAAAGGCUGGCACAAGCGAUUUUUUGUUUUGGACAAUGGUAUCCUGAAGUACUCCAAGUCCCCCAUUGAUAUCCAGAAAGGCAAACUGCAUGGCAGCAUCGACGUAGGCCUCUCUGUGAUGUCCAUCAAAAAGAAGGCUCGUCGUAUUGACCUGGACACUGAGGAGCAUAUCUAUCACCUCAAGGUCAAACCGCAAGAAAUUUUUGACGCAUGGGUGUCCAAGUUGCGACAUCAUCGUCUUUACCGACAAAACGAGAUCGUACGAUCUCCUCGGGACGCCUCUAUGCGGUUGUUCCCCCCAUCAGUGGUUGCAGAGUCGCCACAAACUGCUUCAAAUAUUGGACAUGACGCCAAGCAAUCUAAACCGUGUGGGUUGCCAUGGCAAACACCAGUCCCUACCAGCAGCAGCCUGCCUGUCUCCUACAGCAACGGUCAAAGCAAGGUGGCUGCUUGGCUGCAGGAAUCCGAAGAGAUGGACAAAUGUGCAGAAGAUCUUGCAAGAUGCCAGUCCAACCUGACCGAGUUGAGUGGUCUGUUGCAGAGUUUGGAGAUUCUACAGAGGACUCAAUCGGCACCCAACUUUGCAGAUAUACAGACUGCUUGUGUAGAAUUGUCAAAGAAAGAGAAACGUUUGAACAGAAGAUGGAGGACAAAAAGUGUCGGCAAAGAUGCCAAAUUCCAGCUUCAGGUCCCGCUGUCAUCCAGUAUGUCGCCUGUCCGCCUCCACUCAUCCAACCCUAACCUCUGCGCCGAGAUAGGGGACUUUCAAGCUCCCGUCUCUCGGUUGGCGGACAGCGUAGAGUGUACCAGUGACUACAUUAAACUGCAGGAGGAAUUCUGCACUAUUGCCCAAAAAGUCCACACACUGCUCAAGUCGGCCUUCAAUACAGUAGCCAUAGAGAAAGAAAAGAUCAAGCAGAUUCUGUCUGACCAGGACCAGACCGACCAAUCAUCGCAGAUCUACUCCCUCAGGAAGUCUCUGUCACAGGCCGUGUCCCAAAAUGCAGAACUUCGAAGCCGACUCAACCGCAUCCACUCCGAGUCUGUCCUGUCAGAACAAGUCGUGAGUGUGAAUAUCAUCUCCACUCCUGACGAGGUUGUGGAGCAGAUGGGGAUCCCACUGACUCAGCAAGCAUCUAAUGAGAGCCGACUCUCCAUGUCGGAGUCCGUCUCUGAGUUCUUUGAUGCCCAGGAAGUGCUCCUGUCUGCCAGCUCGUCAGAGAAUGAGGGCUCAGACGAUGAGUCAUACGUCAGUGAUGUGAGCGAUAACAUCUCUGAGGACAACGCCAGCGUGACCGAUAAUGUCUCCAGACAAAUGGCCAACGGAGACUUCGCCGGGUGCGCCUUCCGCAACGGGCGACGCAUCUGUCUCCCGGCGCCUUGUCCCGACACCGGCAACAUCAACCUGUGGAAUAUCUUGCGGAACAACAUCGGCAAAGACCUGUCCAAAGUGUCCAUGCCAGUGGAGCUUAAUGAGCCUCUUAACACGCUUCAGCGCAUGUGUGAAGAGCUGGAGUACAGCGAGCUGCUUGACAAAGCUGCUGAAACGGAGGAUCCCUUUGAACGCAUGGUUCUGGUCGCUGCCUUCGCCGUCUCAGGAUACUCAUCCACCUACUACAGAGCAGGAAGUAAGCCAUUCAACCCGCUCCUUGGAGAGACGUACGAAUGUAUAAGAGAAGACAAGGGCUUCUGCUUUUUCUCUGAACAGGUGAGCCAUCACCCUCCCAUCUCUGCCUGUCACUGUGAGUCCAAGAACUUCACCUUCUGGCAAGAUGUAAGAUGGAAAAACAAAUUCUGGGGAAAAUCAAUGGAGAUAUUGCCAGUGGGGACAGUGAGCCUCGUGAUUCCAAGGUUUGCAGAUCACUACGAAUGGAACAAAGUCACCACGUGCGUGCACAACAUCCUCAGCGGCCGGCGUUGGAUCGAACACUAUGGCGAGAUCACCAUCAGAAACACAAAAAGCAGCGCUUGCCUUUGCAAACUCACCUUUGUCAAGGGGAACUACUGGAGUUCUAAUGUGAACGAGAUCCAAGGAUUUGUGAUGGACCAAGAAGGGAAAGUUAUCCACAGGCUUUUUGGAAAAUGGCACGAGGGGCUAUACUGCGGCGUACCACCAUCUGCCAAAUGUAUCUGGAGGCCAGGCUCCAUGCCGACAAACUACGAGCUGUACUACGGCUUCACCAGGUUCGCCACUGAACUCAACGAGCUUUGUCCAGAGUUGAAAGACGUCUUGCCGCGAACGGACGCACGGUUCAGACCAGAUCAAAGGCACCUUGAAGAGGGAAACUUGGAGCUGGCCGCCUCCGAGAAGCAGCGAAUCGAAGACCUGCAGAGGUCCAGGAGGAAGUGGAAUGAAGAGAAUAAUGUCAAACAGGAGCCUUGUUUCUUCAAGAAGGUGGUUGACGCUAAUCACAGAGAACGAUGGGUCUCCAACAACACAUACUGGGAGCUACGGAAAAAUCCCGGAUUUAUCAACAUGGAACCGACAAUGAGCCUGUGGUAGCGCAUCGGUGAAGAGAAACACUAGAACACGCAUUUGGACGUGAGCAAUCCCCGCCGGGGUACUGUGGUGCGCCCCGAUUGGAGGAAGCCCCUCACAGGAGCGUCCCCUCCAUCGUGCUUUCGAGUCCCAUGUAGAUCUUUCCUCAGCAACUUAAACGACUCCCGAGUCGGCCUUAAACGCGGACACCCAUAGAUAGCUACGACCACGUGCAUGCUUAGAGAGCUUUCACCGGCAUCCGGCCAUAUUUAAUACAUCGUUAAGGUUGUAGAAAAAUAGGUAUUUUUAUAGAAUAUCUCGUCAGAUUUUAUUUAUUUUUUGCCUUUUAAUACAGUUUGUGACGGGUAAUAACUCGUCAAACUACAUGGCCCUUUGUCACUAAACGCGCACAUUCGACAACGUGUUACAAUAAUGUCUUUUCACUCUCAGCUUUUAAUUCCCAGCCACUAUCCAAUUUUAACCAACCUCCGUCCAUACAUUGUAGUGGGCUUGCUUUGAAACAUUGCAGAGAGACCUGGAGAAUCGGGGGUAGGCACAGUGUGGCCUGUAAAGCAUUUGCAUUAUAAAGAGUCCUGUAAUUGUUGUAUUAAUUUCGCCUGUUUUAUAAAAGUAAAAUCAACUCAUAUAAAUUAAAGGUGCACCGAUCAAAAAAAUAUAUAUAUAAAUGCGCACCGAUCGAUCAGUUGGUCGGUCGACCGGGGACGAGUCAAUACACGUUCAUCAGUCGAUGAGUAAAAAUAUAAGAAAUCUUGUCCGCCGAUCACUUCUAGAGUCAGUUAGCCACAUUAGCCUGCUAGCAUUUGGUCGCGGACAUGCCCGGACAUGAAUAUAAGCACUUUUUAGGUAUUUUAAAACUUUCUGAGCCCAACAUAACAUUUACAAUUGUAACAUCUGUCGCUCUUUGCUAUUUUUUGUUUUGUGAAGCAGUGAAACUUUUAAUUUUCUUUAAGUGCUGUGUGGUAAUUGUUUUACGGCCGCUAGAUCCACUCAGUCUUUUCUUUAUAAUUGAAUUCAGUCAAAUAAUGUUUAGUGAAUGCACACAUUUGGCUCAAAUUCAAACUGUUGCAGUGUUAAAAGGCAUAAAGAUGCAAAAAAAAAGAAAAACUGACCUGAUAUAAUUUAGUCUUUUUCUUGUCUAGAAAAUUCAUUCCGCCAUUUUGUCAAACCUUUUAUUUUCGUUUUGUUAAGCAUAGCUUAUGAGCAUAGCUUAUGAGCAUAUCUUAUGAAGCAUACGCUUCAUUUUAAUUUUGAUGAAUGGAGUUAUAAUUUAUUACUGUAUUUUCCACACUAUAAGGCACACCUUCAAUGAAUGACCUAUUUUAAAACUUUUCAUAUAUAAGGCACACCGGAUUGUAAGGCGCAUGGAAUAGACGCUACAGUAGAGGCUGGGGUUACGUUAUGCGUCCAUUAGAUGGAGCUGCGUUCCAAGUUGCAGCUCAAUAUUGAUUCAUAUAUAAGGCGCACCAGAUUAGGAUAAGGUGCACUCUCGGCUUCUGAGAAAAUUUAAGACUUGUAGGUGCGCCUUAUUGUACGGAAAAUAUGGUAGUUUCGAAAGAAAUGUUAACCUUGACUAUUACGACUACUACUAAAUGUGCAGUUUUUUUUUUUUUUUAAAUAGGCUUGUUCACAGGUGAUGUUUUACAAUGAAAUAAGAUUGAUUUUUUUUUUUAAUUAAAAAAAAAAAAAACAUCUGUCUAUAUGGGAAAAAAAUCUAAAUCAGCAAAAAUCAAGAUCAGCAAGUCAGGGUUUUCAAAAACCAGUAAUCGGACAGAAAAUUUUGAUCGGUGCAUCCCUAAUUUAAGUAUAUUUAGUCAUUUUUAGAAGUAUGUUAUAACCAUGCAAUAUUUGGUUAAUUGAUUUUCGAUAUUGAUUUGGGCAUUUUUUAACCCAAAAAUCAGUUGUUUAGAAUGUAUUGUAUAAUUAUUUCUUUUAUCCAUGAAUGAAUAACUGGUUUAUUUAUUGAUUGUAGAUAUUAAGUAUGUGUUAAAUAACUGCUAACAUUUUAAUUCUGUUUUAAAAUUCAUGUUUUGAAUAUAAAUGUUUAAAAAUGAUAUAUACAUUUAUUUACCCUCACUUUGAUCAACGAUUGCCUAAAGAGCAAAGCUGAACAUGCAAAUUACAUGAGCACUUAUUUAUUUGAAGACACAGAUGGUAAUUGUGUAAAACACAAAUGUCAUGAAGAUACGAUAUCGAUUCUUUGGAUUGCAGUACAAUAUCUGCCGAUCUUACAAAGACAACCUCGAUUCAAUUCAAGGGCCAUUGAUCUUUUUAAUACAAUAUUAUGUGCAGAUUCAACUCGAUCACGUACAUUUCAAUUAAAGCCUAAAAAGUAAUUCUGACAUAUUUGAAAAUUCUGCUCAACAUUUACAAUAAUCUUUAAAGUUUUGAUUUUGAGUUUUAACCUAUCAAGAAAUCAAUUCAGUUUGAAAAAGUAGCUUCAUUUACUUUGCCAUAACCAUACAAUGUGUGAAAGGUAUGAAAAAGUAUCUGAACCUUUUGAAACUUCUAACAUUUCUGCAUAAAAUCACCAUCAAAUGUGAUCUGGUCUUUGUCAAAACCACACAGAUGAAAAUACAGUGUCUGCUUUAACUAAAACCACUCAAACAUUUAUAAGUAUUCAUAUUUUAAUGAGGACAGCAUGCAAACAAUGGCUGAAAGGGGAAAAUAAGUAAGUGAACCCUCUGCCUAAGGAGACUUAAAGAGCAAUUGAAACAAUUUUUACCAAACAAUAUAAGUCAGGUGUAUGCUCAAUCAUUGAUGAGUGGUUUAAAGCUGCCCUGCCCACGAUAAAACACACACCUGGUAAGAAAUGUCUUGAUGAGAAGUCUCAUGUGCAUUAUGGCUUGGUCAAAAGAGCUGUCUGAAGACCUGCGAUCAAGGAUUGUUGUGGGGGGGGGGGGGGGGGGCAACAAGUAUUAAAUUUGAUGGUUCACUUAUAUAUUUUUCCCCUUUUGUCAUUGUUUGCAUACUAUCCUCAUUAAAAUAUGAAAACCUAUAAACAAAAUAUUCCCGACAUUUUGAUUGGGUGGGCACGACUCACGUCUGGGUGGGCCGUGCCCACCCUGGCCCCCCCAAACAUCCGGCCCCGCCUAUAAAUUUUUGGGUGGUUGUAGUUAAAACUGUGUUUUUUUCGUCUGUGUUAUUUAGACAAAGAUCAGAUCACAUUUGAUGGUGAUUUUAUGCAGAGAUGUGAGAAAUUCCAAAAGGUUCAGAUGCUUUUUCAUACCACUGUAUGGGAUUUUAUAUUAAUAACUACUUAUCAACGCGCUUAUUAUACUUUCAUGGGAUAUCGGGCAAUGAUUUAUGCACCUAAAAAAAAAUGUAAAUAUGUGUUGUCAUUUGGAAUACACCAACCCAGAAGCUUUGGUGUUGAACUUGAGACAGUACUCAACUCACAAUUGAUUACAAACGACUUUCUGUCCAUAUAGUGUACAGUUGGUCAUGUCCGGGCAGCUACUUGGUCCACCCUAAAACAGCAGAGCCCCCUGCUGCUCAUUCAAGGGAAAUACUGCUUCCCAAUACAGGAGCAUAUUUUAAAACUGAGUAUCUAGCUACCUAAAGACAGCUUCAACUGCUCUUUUCAUGCCAAUGCUAAUAGACAGGACAAAUAGUCUGUUAUUAUGUCUCCAUUUUCCCCGAGUUUUUCAGUAUAGUUUCACUUGCUGUGCCUUAAUGCAUUUAGGAAUGACUGAUACACACACACACUGGUAAUAUGACGUUCUGCCAUUCACAACUGCUUAGUGAUAUUAAAGCUAAAGGACAAGUUGAGUUCUAGCCAAACAUGUCUGACAGUAGAUUUACAUACACACGCUGUAAACGUAACUCUUUGCUACGCUGCCAUACAACCUGAAGUAAGUGUAAAUACUGUGCAUCUAGAAAAUGAGGCCAUCCUUCCAUCCAUCCAUUUUCAGUACCGUCUUAGGGGGAAAAAAAAACUAAGAAAAACCAGCCCUCCAUCGAUAGUUCCGCCUGCAUGUGUCGCCUGCCAAUGAUUGUUGCAGAUGCCUUACAGAAAGGUUCUGUUCAUGUCAUGGGCCGGACCGCGUCCGCUCGGUUUCCUGAUGGUACCUUCUAUAAAAAGUGCAAUUGAAACAAAGUACAUAUCUUUCCAUCAACACUGUACACUGCUGCUACAUAGUGCUUGUACUAAUAAAACCGGACCUUCGGUGUGUGGUUCAUUCACCCAACCUUUUCACUUUGUGUGUCUUUUCGCAUUUUACAUCCUCUCAUAUUUUGUUGACUUGACAAUUAUAUGACGAGUAAGUACCCGCUUCCAUUUAGUAGUUUUAUUUUCUGCUGUGGUACAGAUGCGUGGACGUAGAGUACACAUUUUGUCACACAAGCACUUCAUUUUGUUUAUUUCAGCCACAUACAAGUGCAUAAAAUAUUCAGUAACACAUGAUGGUGUCCUAACAUACAGUUGGUUGUGGUUUAUUUGUGUUAAAAUGUACCUUCCGGUCCAGUUGGUGGGUUUUACUUGGUGGAGGCCACGAUUUUGAUGUACUGGAGGGCGCUGUGUGCAGCAGCGUUGUGCGCGUUAGUGCGGGAGAUACCCGUGCCGUGACACACGGUGACGGGGCAGGUGGACAGCUCGACAAGGCACUGGUAUUGCCCAUUAGCCGUCAGCUCGUCUGCGGAAACAGUCACAAGUCCUCAAAGAUCGUUUCGCUCAUCGGUGGGGUUUGCUCAGUUGCCAUGGAAACAAGCGGCUUUGUACAUUUCUACUUAAACGAAUGACUUACCAAGACAGCACCCUAUCCUAGGGAUGUACCGAACGCAAAAUUCUUGCCCGAAACCGAAAACUGGAGACAUUUGGCUGAAAACCGAAGUCCGAAAAAAUCACAUGCAUACAAUUCAUUUUUUCCUGCUGUUUUUUAUUUUUUUAUUUUUUAAAUUACCGUAAUCUCCCAAACGCCCACUUUUUCCCCCCAAAAUCAACUUGUAAAAUAAUGGUGCGCAUUAUACACGGGUACAUGGAUGGAGGCAGAAAAAUAUAUAUAUAUUACAUAUAUAUAUAUAUAAAAACCGAGUUUUUUUUUUAUUGACACGGCCAUGUUGUGUUGAAGAAACGUAUGCGGCGAUCCGUUGCCGAGCAUUACGGUACGCGACGUCACCAUUUUGUUUCGGUAAUACUUCACUCUGAUUGGCCGAAUGAUUUAGUCUGUGUUAAAUUCUGCUUUUUUCACUCUUCAUAAAGCACAGAAUUUAGUUUCUUGAACUCAUUUAAGUCAACGUUUAUUGCAGCUCCGCAACUCGGACCAUAACAAACGUAACACAACACAGACUUCCUGUGUCCAUAAACUAUAUCUGUCCCUCGGGAAACAAAAACCCAAAUAACAAUAGUUCCUAUUGUUACUGUCGUGUCGACAGCGACGAGCUCUCUCGGAUCUCCGACUUACGUUCUCACUUUCAUUUUACCGUAUCAAUCCAUGAAGAAACAUUUAUUCAUCAUGAUGAAACGAGCAAGGUAUAGAGCAGCCUUUAAAAGAAAAGUCUCAUCUGUUUUGUUUUCUCCUGGAUUCUGGUAAGUUCAAGAAGUUAUCAGAUCAUAUUAUUACCAUCCAAACUGUCAGUUUACAGUAAUGUUUUGAACUACCAAUGUGCUACGCUUGUGCUGUGUUUCACCAGUCAGUAAAAUGAUAUUUCUGUAGCUGUACACGAGCUCUGUUUUCUUGUAUUCUUCUAUUUAUUGGUGCUAAAAUUAGGGUGCGCGUUAUACACAGGUACAAUAAUUUUCCCUAGAUUUUACAAGUAAAUUUGGGGUGCGCGUUAUACACGGGCGUGCCUUAUAUUUGGGAAAUUACGGUAUUUGGCAUUGACUUGGCAUUGGUUCUACACCUACUGAGGCUCGAGACAUUUACUUUGAAAGGUGCUGAUUCUUAAACCCAAUGGGAAGGUGCGUUCCAGGUGUUCUGUCAGAUUUUGCACCCUAUCAGAAAUUGCAACUCACGGAAAGUUUGGGACACUCGAAAAAUGUGUCUCACGCGUCUGAUUGCUAAGCUAAAUCAGAUCUCGAUGUACGUUUGUGUGGAAUUGUAGUUCAAAACAACAACAAAAAGGUAUUCUGUUUGUGCCAAAAUUAGUAAAGCUUGUUACAAGGCUAUUACAUUAUCUCCUACUCCUUAAAAUAAGACUCUGCGUUUUCUUGUGCAACAACUGGCAUCGAUCGAGAGCCAGGCGAGUGGGCCAAUUUCUAGCGGUGACAGAGCCGAGCGAAGUCGCUCCCAGCGAUUGGCAGAUUGGGGUGUGGAAUUCGUGGAAAAAUGUGACAAAAAGAGGAAGUGCUAUGAACGUAUUGUACUAAAACAGCAAAUUCACAUGUAUGCAUUUAAGCGAACAGUAUACAAAUAAACUCCAAACUACUCACGCGUGGGCUGAAUUACAUCAAUGUAAAGCAAUUUCAGAACGAGCGUGUAGCAGCGAUGAAGCAAAUUUUUUUUAAUUUUCCUUUAUUUAAUAAUUGAUAUGUUUAUUUUAUAUGUCAAAAUACUUCCAAACCACUGACAUGUUAGCUGUUAGCCAGUAGUGUUAGCUCGCCGUGUUUUGAUAACAUCACAAGAGGACUAAGGUUCUUCACAUACUUUUCGGUGGUAAACUUACGGCCUUUUGACCGAAAAUGCAAUUUCAGCGGUUUUCGGCGCCAAAUUUUUGGUCACAUCUCUACCCUAGUCGUCGUGACUAUGGAGUUCAAUGUAAGAAAAGUCACAUUUCCCCCCCCCCCCGACAAAAGUGGCUCCCACUCUAAUGGAACACUGUGCGUCAAUUAAUUCCGCGAACUGUCAGAUCCUCUCAGUUAAAAUAUAUUAGACGUCCUAUCUAGUGACAAACUUACAACAAAGUCAAAGUAAAAUUACAACAGGAGAAUGAAAAGAGCCACAUGUGACUCCGAAGCCGCAGUUUGCAGGUGCCUAUGAGCGUCAAUGGCACGGGAAGAGUUCAUCAACACUAGGGCUGCCACGACUAAACAAUUAUUAAAUCAAUCGCCAACUAUUUUGAUUGCAAAUUAAUUUUUCAGAGAAACCACUGACCUAAAAAAAAAAAAAAAAGGAUUUAAAAAAAAUAAUAAUAAAUUAACAGCAAAACCCUAUCUGGAGGUGAGAGCACGCGAGAGCAGAAUUAAAGACGCCAUGACUUUAACAAGAUUUUAUCGCGUAAUUACCUUGUUUCGAUCCAAAAACUCCAUGUAGCAUGUAUCACUGAGCGUCAAGACACAGCUCUGAAUGGCCACAGCUGGAUUUUUGGGGGAUUUUAUGGGUGAAACAUGGUAAUAUAACAAGGGUCCCGAUGCAGAAAUCGCAGACAUCAAGGAGUGGUCGAGAUGUUCUUUAUCAUAUAUUCACCCUUUUAAAUGUUGUUUUUCAAUUUUUCUUUGCUUGGAUCGAUUAUUUAUCAUCUAACAUAUUGGAGAAAAUGCGCUAGUAACAAAAAAAAAAAAAAAUACAAUUAAGCAAUAGUUAUGAGGUAGAUACCCGUGACUUUUUUACAGCAACCAUUUUUUUAACUGUGACGUAAUUUGUUUAAAAGUUUAACAUAUGCGAGUGAAUAAUUUUUUGAAGUCGUUUUUCUUUUUUAAACGAAAUAUUAGACAUCAAUUAAUGAUUUCAAGCUAAAUGAUUAGACAGUGAUUUCCAUAUCAUUUUAAUCAAGCAAAAUGAAAUAUUUCCAAACAUCUUUUGGUAAGAAAACCAAUAACGUUACAUUUUAAUAGUCCAACUUUUCUCAGCGCAUAGUUUUUGGUUGAAAUUUUGAAAGUAACGCUGAAUUUAACAGAAUAAUGAAUAACACGUAAUUUGAAUUUGAGUUGACUAACCGCAAAAAUAAUCGGUGAUUAGUCGACUAUCAAAAUAAUCGGUUGUGGCAGCCCUUACCGUUCACUUGAACAAAUUGCAAAUCGCACCUCAAAUAAACGACUGAUGAUAAUGACAAUGAACCUAACAUGCACAUUUAUGAUAAGUAAAAAGACACCAAACACAUACCGAUGUCCAAAUAGGCGAUGUCAAAGUUUUGCUCCUUUGCCAGCUCGGUCAUCAGCUGAAUGUAGUCCGUGUUGGGAAUGCUCAGCGGGUUCCUCCUCAGGAGGGAGAUUUUCUCCGCCGAAGAGUUCUGAAGGUUUUCGAAUCGGACCCUCGGUUUCGGCGUCUGUCAGACGGGGGGGGGGUGAGUCAAGAUAUCUAUAUGACGUCUUAAAUCGGAUGUGUGACAUUUAACCCACCCAUGUGAUUUCAGAGGAGCCUGACAGACUUUGAAGCUUGGCCACCAUCUUGUCAGCAGCUGCCUUCUUUGCGGCUUUUUUGGAAUUUCCAGAUGCUGGUUUUUUAUUCAACAGACAAAGACUUAUGAAUAAGGGCUGUCACCUGACAUAGUUACACGUCUCCUACCCGUCUCCGAUAGGGACUCCAUUGCACAGGUGACGGUGAAUUCUCGCCGGUGUGGUGGACCGGUCUCCAGCAGCAUUGUGUACUCGGGGAGACGCCAGCCUCUCUGCAAGGACAACUCCUGGAAGGCCCAAGUAACAGAUAUCUUCGUGAUGCACCGUUUUAUCAAAAACCUUCCGUAAAACCCCAAUAAAAAGCAAAUAUGGCGCAUCUAUUUCUUAUAAAACGGGAACGUUUUACAGGUUUCUGCCAGCCACUAGAGCUAUUAUGUACUCUUUAAUCCUUUAUAGGGCCCAAAUUCAAUUCAUUGGUUGUCAUUGGCGAUCAUUCGCUGCCAGGCUCUCAGAGUCAAGAAUGUCUAAUGUCGUCGAUGGCACUGAAAGAUGAAUAUUUACAGCCAGUCCGCCCAAUUUAAAUCAAUUGGACAUCUAUGUUGUCAAUGACAGGCAGUGAGUUAAUUAGUAUGAAAUUGAAAACAAAUUAAUAAAUUGACUUAACUGUGUUAUUAUAAGUAAAGAUGUCCCUCGAUCGGGUCCGAUCACGUCAUUUUCAAAGUAUCGGAAUCGGCAAAAAAAUAUCGGACAUGCCUUUUUUUAAUAUAAAUAUAUUUUUUAAUUAAAUCAUUUUCUAAUUGCAUUUAAAGUUAGAGACAACAUGUCUUACACUCAUUCAGAGUCUUUAGUUUUGGCUUAAAGUAGGGCUAUCAAAUUUAUCGCGUUAACGGCGGUAAUUACUUUUUUUUAAUUAAUCACGUUAAAAUAUUUAACGCAAUCAACGUAUGCGCUGCACGACCCAUUCACGCAUUGUUGCGUUCAAUCUAUAAUGGCGCCGUUUUACCUAUAUAUAGAGCUAAAAGGCAGCGUAAAAUGAGUAGAGUGAAUUUUGACAGUCUUUGGUGCCUUUUUUUAAUUGACUAAAGCCUUACAAUCCCUCUCUGAAAAAUUAGAAAUAUCGUGGGAAGCAACAUGGGGAAGAUAGGUAGUAGUUAAUCUUUUUCUUAACACCCUAUGUUAUUUCCCAACGCAGAGAAGAUAUAUCAAUUGGUGCCACUAUGCACAGUCAUGGUUGCACUUCCCAUCAUGCAUUUGGGCAGAACAGUUAAAUGGCUACAGUAUCAUUUACUGAAAGCUCAACAAAUACACUAGAUGGCAAUAUUUAGUCACAAUUAGAGAUGUCCCGAUCGAUCGGCGAUCACGUCAUUUUCAAAGUAUCGGAAUCGGCAAAAAAAUAUCGGACAUGCUUUUUUUAACAUAUAUUUAUUUUUUAAUUAAAUCGAUUUCUAAUUGUACUUAACGAAACAGACAUAAUAUGUUACACUCAUCCAGUGUCUUUAGUUUCGGCUUAAAGUAGGGUUAUCAAAUUAAUCCCGAUAACAGCGGUAAUUAAUUUAAAAAAAAAAAGUAUCACGUUAAAAUAUUUAACGCAAUUAAUGCAUGCGCUGCACGACCCACUCACGCAUUGUCGCGCUCAAUCUGUAAUGGCGCCGUUUUACCUGUAAAGAGAGCUAAAAGGCAGUGUAAAAU